AGAACUCUCGCUCUCUCUCCCAUCAUCUGCAACAACUCUAAUCCCCCUUCUCACCUCCGUUGAAAUGGCACCUCACCCUGACCUGUAUCGCUUUUUCGCUCUCAACUCCGAGUGGGCCAAACGCGUCGAGUCCCAAGAACCCACCUUCUUCAAGGAGAGCGCAACGGGACAGUCCCCCAAACUGCUAUGGAUCGGUUGCUCCGACUCCCGUGUUCCCGAAUCCGUCGUCACAGCCGUGCGCCCCGGAGAGAUUUUUGUGCACCGUAACAUUGCAAAUCAAUUCCAUCUCGAAGACAACAGUGUGCUCUCCGUCCUUACCUACGCGGUGGACCAUCUCGGCGUGGAACAUGUUGUCGUUGUCGGGCACACCGAAUGUGGAGGCGCGGCGGCUUGCUUCGGUGCGGCUUGCUCCCCGCAGUUCUCGGCUAGCGCGCCAUCGUGUGUCAUAGACCCUGGACUGUCGGCGGAUGCGCCGUUGAACCAGUGGCUAACACCGCUGACAAAGCUCGUCGCCUCCCUAAAAUUAUCGAGUGUGCCCAAGGAUGAAGCCAUGCCGGUCAUCGUGGAGGAAAAUGUGAAAGCCCAGGUGGCCAAUCUCGCCCAGGCAGAGACUGUGGUCAAUGCCUGGGCAAACAAGAGCAAGAAGGGCAAGGACAUCUGGAUCCAUGGCUGGGUGUACGACCUGGCCAAGGGCGAGCUGCGUGACCUGGGGGUCUCACAAGGCCCCGCCAGCAAGUAAAUUAGAUUUCAGUAGAUUAGAAUCAGAGAAUGUCAACAUGAGGCGGUCCAGAUGCGGCUUUACGCAUCUAUAUUCAGAACCAUGUCAUCAUCAUCAUCCACUCUCGUCCAGAUCGCGUCCUACAACACGAACCUUCAGGGAGACAAUGGUGUCCCUCAAGAUCUUGUGGAUUGGCUGAACCCAACCUUCCAAGCAAGUCUCCUCAUUUCUGACGCACCAGCGAACGGCCGGUAUGUCUCCUCGCGGCUUAUCUACAGGCGGCGGCUCAAUAGCUCAGAUAUCAUUGCUGUUGGAUUUCAGGAGUUGUUGCCUCUGUACCUCGGCCUCUCUGGUCUCUCCAAUAAAGUCAUCAAUAACCGCAACGCGCACAUCUUGGAGCAAAUCGAAGCGCACAGCAAGGAACGUUAUGCACUUAUCGCCAAAGUCGUCAACGGUGGUGUAGCCCUAUUAGUCUACGCGCGCGACGCAGGGAUUGCCCGGACCGCGUGUGAUGUUCAAACGAGCUGGACAGGGUCUGGACCAGCGUACAUGGGCAACAAGGAAGAUGGCCCUGACGCUCUGGACAGCUUUGUCUGUGCUCAUUUGACUGCUCACGCUGAGAAGCUGUCGAAUCGAAUUGCGGACUGGAACCACAUUGUCGGCACGUUGCUCUUCGACGGCCGUUCGACCCUGUACGAAACGUCGCACCUCUUCGUCCUGGGUGACAUGAACUUCCGGGUCGUUCUUCCUGCAGACCAUCCACUCAAGGGGGCGACUUCUGCGACGCUCGGACAGGCCCUCUCCACGCAUUCGGUGCGGGAGAACCUCAAAGAGUUUGAUCAACUGUUGUGCGAGCGCCGCAAACCGGGAAGCAGAUUAUUUGUAGGAUUACGGGAGAGCGAGUUCUGGGGAUUCAAAUGCAGCUACAAAUACUAUAUUGGGGGGGUGGAUCACUACAGUGAAAAACGAACCCCUUCGUGGACAGAUCGGAUAUUGUACACAACGUACACGGAUUCGCCGGACGUUGCGGAUGGAUCUACGAUCACCAACCUGCUGUAUACAAGCAUACCAGGAUAUACCACUUCAGACCAUAAACCCAUCGUCUCUCUUCUCCUUUUGCCCCCGACCAGCACGUCACACAGAGACAGCGCACCGUUAAUUCGUCUUCCUGACUCCUACCUCCCGAUGCCCGAUUCUGCGGCCAACCGCAAGCGCUACACCGGCCGGGUCAUCGACAGGAUAGUGGGCCGCAUCUGGUGGCUGCUCACCAUCUUGGGCGCCGGGUCUGCUGUUGUGGGCAUCUUCAACUUUAUUAUCGGACUCGGCGCCUGGGGAUGGUGGCGUACUCUGAAGACACAGACUACGGAUGUUUGAAUGGGGUUUACAAUAAUGUAUUGGUCUUAUUUAGGGUAAGUAGGGUACAUAGCAGGAUUACUUAUGUAAACACGCACGCACAUCAUCUGAUCAACUCGAAUGCACUCGCAAAGCUCAUCAUGAUGGUGCCCUACCUCACGGAUACAUCUUCCUCCAGUUGGUCUUACAUCUCCGAAGGUGGUGCAACGAUCGUAUUCGCGUACAAGGGAGACCCAAACCCAACUUUCGAGCGAACCGUGCUUCGUUUGAAAAAGCGUAAACACACUCAAAUCAACCACCGCUCAGAAGAUGUCGACAAAGCCACUGCUGCGAGUCUCGAAUUCUAUAGGCAAUGCAUGACGCGUCUCGUACCACUGGAGCAUCUGCCACGCAUGGAAUGCGUAGAGCUAGGGUCUACGGGCAGAGCUUGGCUCGAAAAUCUAUCUCUCACUUGCGAACCUCUUCGGCCUCCCAGACGGCGGAAAAUAGACAGUAUCGACACUCAUGCUACCACUGCGACUAUCGCCACUGAUCUCAUAGGAAGUGCGCAGAUAGCGGUCGAAAUCAAGCCCAAAUGGGGCUUUCUUCCUUCGCCGACCUAUCUUUCCGAGGCAUCAAAGCCUGCCAAGACUGGGACGUGCCGUUUCUGCAUGCACUCGCGCGUCAAAGCGCGAGAAUCGGCGAUGCCCGUUGCGUUGGAAUAUUGCCCAUUGGACUUGUAUUCGGCGGACGAGGCGAGGGUCAUGAGGGCGUUAGGUGGCCUCUGGGAUGCGUGGACCAGGACGAGCGGAGCGAUCAACAACUUCCGGGUGUUUGCUGAGGGGCAACCUGUCGAUCCCUGCGAGACAUCUGUCCUGAGCAGUCUCCUUGAACACAGCGAUCUGGAUAUCAAACAUGUGAUGGUCUCGCUGCUCUGCGAAGUGUUCCAGAACACGCAUAUCCUGGACACGCUAUCCCGGCUUCAACGCACUUUAGAUCCUCUCGACAUGGAAGGUCUCAAGAAAAUCUUGAGCCCAAUUGAUUUGCCCGGUGACGAUCCCAGUACUGCUGAAUGGACUGUUUUCAUUUCACAAUACCUAUCAAAUCCACCACCUGCGGUCGAAGCUACUAAUUCGCGUUACUACAUACUUGCUUACCUCCUUUCCGCGACUUUCAAGGACUGCUCGAUCAUCGUGCAGCUCCCGGAGGGAGUCGCGACAAUAAUUGAUCUCGACGUCAAAUCCAUCCACUCGUUAGAUAAAUGGGAGCAGUUGGAUCGAGAGAUCGUAGAUACAUAUUGUACUCUCGACCCGGAACAUCGGAAAUUCUGUUUCGAAUGACGGACUUGGAGGACAAGCAGGGAAUUUAACAAUCGUUGAGCGUGACCAGAGCAGGUGGCGCGUGAAUUACGAUCAUCCCUUCACUGGAAAAUGUUCCAACUUUGAUGUCCUCCACAAUAUGCUUGAGCUCUCGGAAAAUCUUAGCCUUUUCGGGGCGCUGGUCGACGUGAGAGUAGUAAAGAAAUAUGGGCGUCGACAAACCUGGAAUUGUGUGACAAGCCCUGAAGUACUAGGCGCUGCGAAGAACACGGUCUCGGAAACAGAUCCCGAGUCGUGCACCAUUUUGUAUGGGCGCAGGCCCCAUGAUUUCGCCCCGCUAGUAUCGGGCGGGAUGCCCAGAUGUGCAUCCAGGAUCUUCGAGAUGGCCAACCCGACAAAGCACACCGCCCGAGGCCUGUAGCGUGCGAUCUUGGCAAGGAAUAUAGGGGCAUUGGCCAACUGCUCCGAUUUCGAUAGCUCUGUUUGCUGAAUUUCGAAGGAUCAAUAUGGGAGAGUUUGAUCCUGACUUCCCAGAUACCUGGAUAGUGGGGCGAUCAACCAAGUUUGUAAGACCAAGCGAGAAGCGAUCGGGUAGAAAUUGGCUGUCGCUCGGCGGAAGUUGUGUAUCCGUUAAACCUAGGGACUUAAUCAGUGCUCACAAUGCGAAUGUGAGGGUCAGAUGUACCGGAUUGAUGCAGACACCUUACAACCAGUGACGAUCUGGUUUAGUAUUAGAAGGGUGCCCGCGGUGUGAGCUUACCACCAAAAGUGGUUUGAACGGUUCCCGUAGUGAUGGCCUGUCUCUGCAGACAUCUUGCCCGGACUGGCCUCUUGCUUAGACGUGAACAGUGUCACGGAUUCCGAUGUACAUACUUGAUACCACAGAAAAUGACUGCUCCGAGUGGUUAGCUAACGCUCGGGAAGUAGAUCCAAGCUGUGAUCACCAUCGAGUUCGCCUUUGAGAUGGUCGGGAACAGAGUUCAGAUGAGCAUACACUUCAGGAGGAGCAUACGGUCGCGUUCGAUUCUUUGUCGGAGAACCCGUUUUUGCGACGUGCUUUCGAUUCUGGAUUGGCAAGCGAGAUGAAGAGGGCACAGAAGAUUUGUACAGCGGUGUUGCGAGGGCUUCAUUGUCUCGACUAUGCAAGGUUCGUUUAGUUGAACGUCGAUCUCUAUCAAGGGACUGAAAGGAGAAUUGUGCAAUAGAGGAGCGGAAUUUUUCUGCGGAAUCAGAGGGUUCUUCGGUGUCAGAGUCCAUCAGUAGUAGCGGUAGAAUCCCAAGUGUGCAGUGUGGCCCUACAGGCCACCGACUCGGAAUCCAGUGUUCCGCUUCGGCGAAGAGGUGCGGUGAUGCCAUCAAAGCUAGGAGUCAUCAGUCUUGCUGGAAGAGACCUCCGAGUCUUUCAACUCGACCAGCACAUUCGACGCGAUUCGGACGCGUCCUAACCACCCAUCCUUCAAGGGACCAAUUUUCGAGGCCAUUCGUGCUCGUUUCUAAACCUCUGUGCAAGCCUUCUGUCGCAGAACUCAGUUUUGCUUUUACUGCGGUUUGUGUCCCGGGAUUAGUGCGGACCAGUUUCUUAAGGCCGAUACCCAACUAUGUUACGGACUAUUCCGACCCUUCGUGGCAGCAUUCCGAUCUACCGACGACCCAGCUCCCUGUCCCCCUAUUCGCGGGGGUUUUCGAUGGGUUUCCGUGCCAGGAGCGAAAUGCAGAAAAUUGUCGUUGCGAAUCCUGUCGUCGAACUCGACGGCGAUGAGAUGACGCGUAUCAUCUGGAAGAAGAUCCGUGAAGAGCUCAUCCUUCCGUAUCUCCAACUCGACAUCAAGUAUUUCGACCUUGGGCUAGAGGCCCGUGAUGCGACGAAUGACCAGAUUACCGUGGACUCGGCCAAUGCGAUUCUCGAGCACAAAGUCGGCAUCAAGUGCGCGACGAUCACUCCAGAUGAGGCCCGUGUCCAGGAGUUUAAACUGAAGGAGAUGUGGAGGAGCCCGAACGGUACUAUUCGUAACAUCCUGGGCGGAACGGUCUUCCGUGAGCCAAUCAUUCUUGAACGUAUCCCAAAACCUAUUCCUGGCUGGGUCAAACCGAUUGUUAUCGGGCGACAUGCAUUCGGUGAUCAAUACCGAUCGACGGACUUCAUUGCCCCCGGUCCGGGCAAACUGCAGAUGGUGUACACACCCGCCGAUGGAUCCCCUGCGACGACUUUGAAUGUGUACGACUUCGUUGGGCGUGGAGUGGCUAUGUCCAUGUACAACACUGACGAGUCUAUCACUGGGUUUGCCCACGCUUCAUUCAAAAUGGCUUUGUCGAAGAAGAUGCCUCUGUUCAUGUCGACGAAGAACACGAUUCUCAAGAAGUACGAUGGACGAUUCAAGGAUAUCUUCCAAGAAAUCUACGACAGCGAGUACCAGUCGGCCUUCGAGGCAGCUGGAAUCUACUACGAGCACCGUCUCAUCGAUGAUAUGGUCGCGCAGGCUAUCAAGUCGUCUGGUGGGUUCGUUUGGGCAACCAAGAACUAUGACGGCGACGUGCAGAGCGAUAUCCUGGCGCAGGGCUUCGGUAGCCUGGGAAUGAUGACGAGCGAGCUUAUCACACCAGACGGUGGUAUCAUCGAGAGCGAGGCUGCCCAUGGUACUGUCACCCGUCACUACCGCGAAUACCAGAAAGGAAACGAGACCUCGACGAACCCGGUAGCCUCGAUCUUCGCAUGGACUCGCGGUCUGCUGCACCGUGCUAAACUUGACAAAAACGAGCCUCUGCGCGCAUUCUGCGAAGCACUCGAGGCAUCUUGCAUCGAAGUCAUCGACAAGGACGGGGUCAUGACAAAGGAUCUUGCUCUUGCCAUCCACGGGAAAGAAAUGAAGCGCGAACACUGGGUUGUCACUAACGUGUACAUGGACAAAGUCAAGGCUAAGCUUGACGAGAAGUUGGUGGCUGCCGCUAAGCUCUAGUCGUGCUGAUCUAUGUAGUAAAUACAUGCUCAUAAUCGAAUCAAGUCAACUGAGUCCAUGGAUGACAAGGGCUAUGUACUACAGUCCUGGUUGUGAUCUAACUAUGCU